UUAUCACACAACUACUUCACUCGGUUCCACAUUGCUUGGGCAGCAUGGUUGGGCUAUCUGUGCUAGACUUAAGAAGAAAUAAUUUCACUGGGAGUCUUCCACCAUUUUGUGCGCAGAGCAAUUCAUUGAGAACCAUUGUCUUGAAUGGUAAUCGUUUUGAAGGAACUGUCCCGAUGUCGUUGCUCAAGUGUGAUGGUCUAGAAGUCCUUGAUAUGGGGAACAAUGUUAUAAAUGACACGUUUCCAACUUGGCUCGGAACUCUUCAAGAGCUGCAGGUCCUUAUAUUAAUGUCGAACAAGUUCCAUGGACCUAUAAGUACUAGGCUGAAGUUUGGUUUCCCCGUGUUACGGAUUUUUGAUCUCUCUCAUAAUGAGUUUGGUGGCUCACUGCCUGCAGAAGUUUUUGAAAACUUCAAAGGAAUGAUCAAAACAGAUGACAGAGACAAAGGUGAGAUUGAAUAUAUGCAACCACAGUCUUACAUCGGAUUUAGUAAUGUAAUGUAUGAGGUUUCAGUGAGGUUGGUGAUCACAAACCAGGAAAUUCAGCUAGAAAAAAUCACCACAAUUAUGACAACCAUAGAUCUCUCAAGCAACCAUUUUGAAGGUGUCAUUCCGAAAACACUAAAGGAUCUCAACUCACUUUGGCUACUCAAUUUAUCUCAUAACAAUCUUAAAGGAGAUAUUCCAAUGGAACUGGUGAAAUUGAAUAUGCUUGAAGCGUUAGAUCUCUCUUGGAAUCGGCUCACUGGAAAGAUUCCACAGGAAUUCACAAGAAUGAACUUUCUGUCAUUCUUAAACCUCUCUCAAAAUCUCCUUGUUGGACGCAUUCCUCAAGGUUCACAAUUCAGCACAUUUGAAAAUGACUCGUAUGGUGGCAACCUUGAUUUAUGUGGUCCUCCUUUGUCAAAGCAAUGUGGAACGAGUGAUCGCUCGCAUGUUCCUCAAUCACUGGAGGAAGAAGCAGAAGAAAAUGAGUCAUAUUUUUUUAGUGGAUUUACCUGGGAAUCAGUAGUAAUAGGCUACUGUUUUGGACUAGUUGUUGGAACAAUCAUGUGGAGCCUCAUGUUUAAUUAUCGUAAGCCAAAAUGGUUUGUGGAAUUCUUUGACGGCAUCAUGCCCCACAAAAGGAGAAGGCCAAAGAAGAGAAGGCUGAGACGGCAGACGUAAU